AUGUGGAACAAGAUCGAGGAGUUGUUCUGGACGAACGCCACCAUCUUCGUAGUGGGCGGCUUCUGGGGAAGGAAGAAGACGAAGAACGGCGAUUUCUUCCUCAUGCAUCUUGUUACGUUCGUUUUGUUCCUCCCGUCUCUGGCUGCGUACCCCUCUCCGACGUCGAUCAACAUUCUUCUCCGCACGUAUCUCCUCAACACGCUCGCCCUCUACGUCGCGUGGCCGCCCUCCCUUGCCAAUCGCCGGAUUCUACGACACCGACACGCCCCCUCCUGCCGACACCAUGACGAAGCCCGCGGACGGGGCGCUCGCCCCAGAGAACACGACCCCCUGCAGCGGUCGCUCGCGCACUUCGCAGCGCUGUACGGGACCACGCCCGCAAGGCGCUGGGAGGAGCUGGGCGUCGGGCUGGAGGACGCGGGCACGGAGAGGCUGGACGGGUCGCUGCUCGUGCGCACGGCGGGUUUGGCUCUGGAACGGGCGGGGUGGAUGUACGAGGGGGAGGAGAGGAAGGAGUGGGACUUUGAUGUGUUCUAUUAUGACUGA